AUGGCAACACAAAUACUUGGAGACUCAUCUCUUCGCGUUAGAGUCUACCGUCCUGAAGACUUCCGCCAGGUGGAAGCCGUGUUCUACGAGGGUAUGGCAUACGGACUUGGCUCCCCUGCAGAUCAUUCUGCUAGAGCGUUCUAUAGACAUCCGUUUUCCGGUUUCGUUUAUCUUUCAGGUGCAAUAUCCGCAUGGUUAAUCUCUCGAACGAAACAUAUUUCACCUGCCCUGUGCACCGCCGGUAUUCUAUCUGCUGCAGGAGGUGUUCUGGCCUAUGUGCUUUGGAUUCCACGACAGUCGAGAAAUAUGAUGGUGGAAUACUGCGAACAAUGUUUUCGUGAAGACUUGAACGAUAUUACCAAGCAUUAUCGACUCGAACCGACAGACGACGGCGAUUAUCAACCAACGAGCUCGAGUUGUUUUUGGGUUGCAGAGCAGAAGUCUGAUUCUGGCGAAGGGUACAAAAUAGUGGGAUGCAUUGGGCUGGACACUCCGGAUGGUUCCUCGGUCGGUGAGGUGCGGCGAUUGUCAGUGUUACAUAGCCAGAGAGGAAAAGGCAUUGGGUCGUUAUUGCUACGCAUAGUCACCGCGUUUGCAAAGCAAACAAAACUAACAUCCCUCCGGCUGACGACUUCGACGUUCCAACCCGACGCAAUGCGCCUUUACACUCGACUUGGAUGGAAGAAUACGGAAACGGUAAAAUUCAAAGGCAACAUGAUGUCUUCCCAGUUUUAUCUGGCGACUAUGAAUUAUUUUGAGCUGUAG